AUUGGCGCGUAACCUAGCAACACAGGGGCUGCUGAGGCGGUUAACUGUAGGCUGGGAAACUUGCAGCUUGGAGAGCCGGGUUACCGGGGAUUGUAAAAGCCAGGAGAGCCUUGAACUGGCUGCAUCUCAGUGCCAGGGUAUACAGAGGCAAAGCCAGCUGCUCCAGACAUGGCCUUGGACGUCCUCAGCAUGGCCCCUAACUACCAAGGCCUGGCCAUCCAUAGAAUUCCGAUGAAGACAGGCCUAGUCACAGCCGAGCCAAUUAAGGCCUUGGUCCCAUCCAAAUCCAAGCUCAACACCAUUGAGGCCAAGAGGAUCAUGUCAGUCCUGGAUGAGGCCAUACACAAGGUGGAGCUGGUGACCCUGAUGUCCUACAUAGAGUACCACCCAGAGGCUCUGGAUGAAAUGGUACCCGAGGACUUGGUGGCCGCCAUAAAAGAGCACUUGAAUAUCAGCCAGGCCCUGCUGGAGAGUGCCAGCAUCGUACAGGAGAAACAAAAGCAGCUGGAGGAAGAGGACGAGGACAUUGAGGAAAGCUGGGGCCGGGAUCGCUUGCUGUCAAUAGAGAUACACAAGUCCGACCUGUGGCCGAUGACACACCAGUUCCGAGACUCCACCAAGGCUGUCCUAAGGCUCCUGCUUAGUAACCCUCAGAGCGCGAGGCUGCUGCAGAUACAGGCACCAGGCAGAAGCCCAGCGGCCCAGUGUCUUCUGGACUGCCUGGUGGAGCUGCGGGGUUUCCUCUUUGAGAAGCUCCUCACCAGCCCCAUGGAACUGAAGGAGAAGAACCAAUUCAUACAGGACAUCACCCGGAGGAAUGAAAGGAACCAAGAGGUCAUCGAUGGCCUCCAGGCUGAACUGGCAAAGGUGCUGAAGAGUAAGGAGUCAGAGGUGGAAAAGGAGAACUUUGUGAUCCAGGAACUGAAGAAUCACCUGCACCAGGUGUUCAAGUUCUCUGAGAACAGCCUCCUUCGCACGAAGCAGGAGGCCGAGAAGCAGCAAAAGAUGGAUUACCGGGCCUCUCAGGCCAGGCUGGCCAAGAUACAGCAAGAUAUCCUGGCGCUUCGCUCGCAGUUCCACAACCUGGUCAUGGAGAAUCGGGAGGUGGAGCAGGCCCUAAGGAAGAAAAAAUAUAAAGUGGAGACAGAAAUUGAAAAUUGGAUCCAAAAAUAUGACAUGGAGAUGAGUGAGAAGCAGGAGGAAUACGAGGACCUGGAGAGCAUCCACAAGGAGGAAAAGCUGCAACUGGAGGAGCUGAAGGAGAGGCAUGCGGUGCUGGUGGAAGAGUUCUCCCAGAUCCGUGCCGAGAGCGAGAUCAACUCCAAGAAGCGGGUGGAGGCGGAGCGGGAGAUGGUGCGCAUGGUGAAGGCCGCCACGCUCAUCCAGGCCGUGUGGAAGGGCUACUUGGUGCGCUCCAUGCUUAGGUCCAAGAAGAAGAAGCGGGGAAAGGGCAAAGGCAAAGAAAAGGGUAAGGAGAAGGGCAAGGAGAAGAAGGGCAAGGGCAAGGGCAAAGGCAAGAAGAAGAAGUGACUGCAGCCUACCGUAGCCCUGACCUGGCCACGCCCUGCCCAGUCCUGGCGACACCCCACUCCCGCCCCAGCCCUACUGUCCCUGGCUUCAAUGAUGGGUAAAAUUAAAAAAAAACAAAAUACCUUUAAAACCACACACAAGGGCCAUACAGACCCUUCAACAGAUGUGUCGCCGCGGGCUGAGCUUGUAUGUGCUGCUGGACGCAGCAUACUGAGGAGGGUGCAAGCUCUGAGCCCCACCCACCCACAUCUUCACUGGGAAAUGAGGUCCUGUCUCCAGAAGCUAUUGGGAAACAUCGCCACCAGGCUGCCCAGGGUCUGUCACCACAGCUUCUGCCCCCACACUAUGAACCGUCAGGAGGGCAGCAGCCUGUUUUUUGGUGUUCAGAUUGUUGCACAAUUUUUAAAAAAGUAUUGGUUGCCAGAAUUUCACAAAUUGAGAACUAUCCCAUAGAAACUUAACUGCCCUUUCUGAAAGGAGCUCGUCACCCUGAUAGCCCAGUAUUCCAGCCCUGUGCCACCCAUGGUGCACAGCAACCACCCAGCAAGUUAAUUUUCAAAGUAUUCCUAUGUAGCCCAGGCUGGCCUUGAACUUACAGUGAUCCUCCUGCCUCUGAUUUCUAAAUGCUAAAAUUAUAAGUAUGGGCUGCCUCAUCUGGCUGACUCCUUUCUCCACUUAAACAAACAAAAACAACAAAAAAACAAAAGAUGGUGUGGGUGCGUAGUGAUGCAGGCCUCACCUUUAAUCCCACCACUUAGGAGGCAGAUAGGCAGAUCUGAGUUCAAGGCUAGCCUGGCCUAUAAAGAGCUAGUUCCAGUAAAGCCAGAGCUACACCGGAAAACCCUGUCUUGAAAAAAAUGAACAAAAGUCUUUUAUUUAUGUGUUUACCCAUGGAGGCCAAAGUGGGGCACGUAACUUAUUGGAACUGGAGUUACAGGU